UCUUACCUUUGCCCCCACCAUUUCACCACAUUCCCCUCUCAGGAGUGGCCAGACCUCCCUCCACCACCAUGUUCAGCAUCAGGAUAUUCCUACAAAAAAUCCUCAUCCUUCUGCACGUUACCUGUGCGUUUGUUGUUGGCAAAACUCUGCUGAUCCUGUUCCCCAAUGCCAUGAAAGAUACAUCUAAAACAGGGAGAAAAGAGAGGAUGAACGAGAACCCAAAGUUCAGCUACGAAAACUGGGGCCACUUUUUCAGCUUCAAGUAUUGCUCUUCGGUGCUGAAGGUGAAGUGGAAGAGGCUGGAAGACGAAGCCUAUGAGGGACAUCCUGCUCCCAACACACCCGUGGUGACUUCCAACGGAGAAGUUCGUCACCUCUUUGAUUUCCUGCAAGAUAAACCGGCCCUCUAAUCCUGAAUUUUGGGAAGCUGCACCUGACCUUCCUUUAAUGUUAAAUUCAUGAGUUUAACGAGCCUCAUCAAAGAUUUCAGCUCUGUAGCAGAUUUCCUUAUCAUCUACAUUGAAGAAGCUCAUGCAGUAGAUGGAUGGGCUUUUAAAAACAACAUUGUUAUUAAAAAUCACAGAAGCCUUGAAGAUCGUAAAAUUGCAGCACAGUUCCUUCAGAAAAAUAAUCCCUUAUGUCCAGUGGUUUUAGACACUAUGGAAAACCUGAGCAGUUCAAAAUAUGCUGCAUUACCAGAACGACUCUAUCUGCUUCAGGGAGGGAAAGUCAUCUACAAGGGAGGAGUGGGGCCUUGGAAUUACCACCCCCAGGAAAUCCGUGCCAUCCUGGAAAAAAUGAAAUAGAGAAAGAAGACUUCAGAGGAAAGACUAUCUGGAUAAAGAAGCUCCAUGAAUAAGGUGUCAUAAACUUAAGAGAAAAAAACAAUGGAAAAAUAAUGGAAGCAACAACAACAACAAAAUAAUAAUAUGCCUCUAAAGAACACCUGCAAUGUGGUUCAUGAUGUGUUUGUCUAGAGGUUUUCAAGACUCAUCACAACCCCAACUACUCCAUAAUAAUAUCUUACUGUGCUUAAACACCACAUGUGGUAACUAAUAGUAGUUGGGUCCAAUGAGCUGCAGAGACUGGACACCAAUGUUCACAUUUAUAAGGAAUAUCACACAGGAUAAACUUCAGGGGUGGUGACAUUUGCAAAAAUCAACACCAACUUCACAUUAUUGAGAUAUUCUUUCUCUUGUAUACCUACAAGUUUCCCAAGUGCUCACUUUCACUGACUUCAGAAGGCUUCUGGAUAAGACAAUCAACAUUUGUUUCUAUCAAUAUUUGUGAUGACAGUCACAGCAUAAAGCACUGACUGCUGUGACCUGAUUGUAGAAAUAUUUAUAGAAACAAGGGAUUAACCUGCAAUUAUUAAAAAUCUACCAGAGCA